AUGUUAUACUUUAUCAUAGCAUUAACCACAUUUGCAUCCUAUUUUAUUUUGGUACCUGAACUUUUCAAAUAUUAUUGGCCAGAACAAAUUGAGAGCAAAUAUUGGUUUCAAAUUUUAAGUCUGCAAGUAAUGCAUAUUGUUGUCUACAUAAUUGUCAAUGGAUCCUACGGUAUCAUUUAUUAUUUGAACCAUCCCUUCUUCGAGCAAUUCAAAAUUGAGAAAAAACCUUGGCCUUGGCAUUCAGAUAAAAAAGAAUGGAUUCAAUUGAGAAAUGAGACUUUCAAGAAUUUCGCCAUUAACCUAAUAAUUGGUACAUUAUUAGCCAUGACUUUUGGUAUAGCUGGAGUAAAAUAUAGGUUUGAUCGUGAAUCACUUCCAGAUUUAUGGGAAAUGAUACCAUAAUUUUUAUUCUGUAUUAUCAUUGAAGAUGUAGGAUUUUAUUGGUCACAUCGUUUAUUGCAUAUCCCAUCCCUUUAUAAAUAUCAUAAAUAGCAUCACUAAUACUCGGUGACAAUAUCAAUAUCUGCAGAAUAUUCAACUGCUAUAGAAUAUCUUUUGAGUAAUCUACUCCCAUUCAUCAUCGGCCCAAGAUUACUGGGUGAGAAAUUGCAUCUGGUGACAUUGUUGAUUUGGAUAGGAAUCAGAGUUUAUAAGACAUUGUCAGCACAUUCAGGAUAUGCCUUUCCUUGGGAGAUCUUCUAAUAUAUACCAUUUUUAGCAUUUUCUGAAUUCCACUCAUAUCAUCAUAGUCAUAAUGAUGGCAAUUUCGGCUCAUUCUUUGUAUUUUGGGAUUAUUUGUUUGGAACUUCAAAUAAUUAUUACUAAUAAAAAUUGAAAGACAACUAUGGCAUUCUGAACAUCUACAAUCCUCUAAAAAGCAAAGUCAAAUGA